UGUGUGUAUAAAAAAAAUACAGCUUCACGUAAAUGGCGUCGUGAGUUGUUUUUUAUUCAGAAUCACUGUAUUUCUAAAUAUUUCAUCUAUUAGUGAAAGUAAUGCGUCUCAUUUAUGUAAGAUUUAGUCGUUUAGAUGUUUCAUCACUAAAAAUCAUUUGAAAACUGUGAAUAUACACGUUUAUUUGUGGUACAAUGGCGUCGUCAGCUUCUGUAGAAUCCCCUGUAAAAGUUGGUGAAAAUCGUGAAUCUCCCGACGAUUACAGCAGCUCGAACAGCGAGGUGGACGCCGGCGAGGGCUCCAAGCGCCGCCGAGUCACCCACGACUACAGAAAGCUUUCGAAACUGGGAUACGAUCCAAGUGUGUCAUCCCCGACCAAACUACUUGUUCCCGUGGAAUCUAAAGUUUCAGGGAAGAAGCGGAGACGAGAAGAAUCAACCAAAGAUGUGUGUGUGUGGGGCGACAAUGCCAAGCCGGCCAAGCUCAGCAAGAUAUGGCCCGUGUUUGACUCUGGAGGAUUUGGCAAUACAGCCAUGCUGGCGCUGCAGGUGCUGCACAAGCCGCCCGCGCUGCCCAACCCCCUGCUGUUCAACCUGGUCCCCCAGCAGUUGGAGCAGGUGGCCCUGGCCGAGAUCACCCAACCCGCACGCCAGGACUGGCUCGCCAGCAUCAACUCCUCCUGGAGACAGACACAAAUCAGCGACACAGCACAGAGCGAAGUACACAGAAAGCUAUACACAUCUGUGUCAAAGCAACUCCGGAUAAUCAACACACACUUGCAGAAGUCUUUACUGAAAUACAAGUAUCCAAGAGUCACAAGAUCAAAUGUGCUCCUAGAUAAUAACUUUCAAAGAAGACCGUCAAAUAAUCAAACAGUAAUGUUGAGAGCAUUGAAAUUCCAGCACACGAGGCACGACCGCUUCCCGUGCUACGGGAACCUGGAGCUUCCCUUCAAGAUGAAGCAGGAGGGCUCCACGUCCAUGGUGUACCCCGCCAUCACCCGCGGAGUCAAAGUGACGGACAUAGACACUAAAGUGCAAAGUGAUAAAGUGAACACGGACACUGACAUUGUAGUGAAAGUGGAGAAGAGUGACAGAGACAAGGAGAGAGAGAAAGAUAGAGAAAAGGAGAGAUCGUCGCACUCGCGCCAUUCAUCCUGCAGCCACUGCCGGCGGCGCGCGCGGGUCAAGCGCUGCUCCAUCGGCGUGCAGUGCCGCCGGGAGCGCGCGCCCGCCGCCUGGGGGCCGCACUCCGCCACGCCCAAUGUCAAGGGACUCAAGUAUCACAGACUGAUGGUGGUGGAGACGCACCCCAACGGCGGCGCGGGCGUGGUGUACCUGCAGCAGCGCGACGUGGACGCGCUGCCCCCGCCCCAGCAGCGCGCGCUGGCGCAGGAGUUCCUCAAGCUGGUGUUCUCCGAGGACUCUGACGGCUGGGCGCACUACGUGUGCGGCGUGGUGCGCGGCGCCGCGGCCCCGCUGCCCUGUCUGCUCGAGUACCUCGACCAGCAUCAUAGUAGCCUCGUGGUGAAGGCGGGAGUCCUGGCCAGGACCAGCGAUAUAGAGACCACGACGAUCCGGGACUAUUAUCGACAGGUGCAACAAAGCUACUCGGCGGGCACAUUCCGCUGCGGGCCGCUGCACCAGAUCUCGCUGGUGGGCACCGUGCACGAGGAGGUGGGCGGCUUCCUGCCCGACCUGCUGGACCUUCUGGCGACCUGCCCCUUCCUGCAGCUGACGAUGCCGUGGGGCCCGAUGUCGGCGGUGGAGAUGGAACCGCGCGAGUCCAACGACGGGCCCAUCCUGUGGAUCCGGCCCGGGGAGCAGCUCGUGCCCACUGCCGAGCUGGGCAAGAGCCCCAUCAAGAAACGGAGAACGGGCAUCAACGAGCUGCGCAACCUGCAGUACCUGCCGCGCUGGAGCGAGGCGCGCGAGUUCCUGUUCGAGGACCGCACGCGCGCGCACGCCGACCACGUGGGCCACGGCCUGGACCGGAUCACCACCGCCGCUGUCGGCGUGUUAAAAGCGAUCCAAUGUGGAGACACGCGUGACCGCGGGCGCAUCACCAAGGACGUGGUGGCGUUCCACGCGGCCGACUUCAACAAGCUGGUGACCCUGCUGGGGUUGGACCUGUACGAGCCGCCCAUCUCGCAGUGCGUCACCUGGCUAGAAGAGGCGAAGUUGAACCAGCUCCGUCGCGAGGGCGUGCGCUACUCGCGGCUCCCUCUGUGUGCCGACGACGUGUACUUCCUGCCCAGGAACAUCAUCCACCAGUUCCGCACCGUCUCCGCCGUCACCUCCGUCGCGUGGCACCUGCGGCUGAAGCAGUACUACCCCUCGUCGGAGGCGUCCUCGCCGGCCGACGCGCGCGCGCCCGAGCCCGUGCCCGAGCCCAAACCCGAACCCGCCAAAACGCCGUCAAAAACGAAGCACAAAGCAGGCGUGAUCGAGAUGCGAGCUCUUAGCGCCAAGCACAAGCCCUCAGACGAACCACGAGACCAGCCUGGCCACGACCAGCCCCGGGACAAGAAGACGGAACACCGGACCGACAAGACAGAGACCGUCACCAAGUCAGAGGCAACCGUGAAACAAGAGGUGACGCCGAAAUCGGAACCAAAGUCCGAGUCAAAGUCCAGCUCGACGCAAACGCAGACGCCUAAAGAGAAAAACCACAAGGAUUAUAAACAUGGGUCAGAUAAACAUAGGACGGAGAGACAAGAUAAAGAUAAGUCGCACGACCGGCAGUCGGACCGACAGACGGACCGACACCGCCACUCGUCGUCCUCCAGUCGUUCUCACAAGAGUCACUCGUCGCACCACAAGUCAUCGUCCCGAGACAAAGACAAGGACCACCGUCACAAGUCGUCAACACAGAAGCAUUCGGAGCAUCGGCCGAGACACACGGAGGCCAAGACCCAGGAGGCGAGACCGCCCGGCGGCGCCAGCAGACCGCCCGACUAGGCCGUGGGGGCACAGAGAAAUGGUGUAAAUAUUGAUGUAGUGAGAGGCUAUGUGGUGUGAAAGGAAAGCAGUUUUGGAUUGGAGACUGCAGCCUCGGUGAAGUAGUACAUUAUGUACUAAGCCGCAGUUAGUUUUAAGUUAUAAUUCGUGUUAGUGUACCUUCUAUAUUUCUUUGCCGCGUUCGCACGUUUCAUAGAGAUCGUGCGGACGCGCUGUUUUGAGAGAUUUAUUGUUCUAAAUUUGUUUAUUGAAUCGGAUGUCGUUUUAUAGUGUAGAUAGAGCGAGGUGUAGGAAUGGUUUUGUAAUCUGAAACUGCUGGUUCGAAUGUGAUCGGAAAGAUUUAUAAAUCAAGAGAUAUAAUGUAAGAGAUACAUUUUUAAGAAAAUAUUCACACAUUUUUCUGAAUUGCACUAAAAGAUAUAAUUAUUGAGUAGUAAGGACCUUUAGUGUAUUUGUGAUGUCUUUUUUCCGUCGUCGUUUCGUUUGAGAGCGGGCUUGAAUUAGUUCAGUAGUGACUGCUCGAAACAAUCAUCCAUACUUGAUAUAAUUAUGGAUUUGGUAGUUUUUUGUCUCGCUUUGAAACCAUUUUUUUUUCCACUUUUUAUCUUUUUUUUACUAACUAUUUUAUCAAUCAGAGUGACAUAAGUUAUAGUUGAAUCACAGUAUUAAUAGGUAUACAAUACGAGGCUCUUAG